ACAUGGAGCAAAAGCGUUUGGUAAUCUUGGGCUUUUUCCUUGGAAUUGUUAUCAUUCAUGUGAUAGCGGAACAAGACACCAAGGCACUCAAAUUAGAUGUUACAAAAGUGACUUCUACUAGUGUCUCACUUCGACAGACUUCGAAUUCCAUAGCUCGUUCAGCAUUCAAUCGAGUGGAUCUCAAGAUGAUCGGGCUUUGUGAUGGGAUCUCAUUCAAUGAGAACUGUCCUUGUUCGCACUAUCUUUACAAUUCCCUUGAGAGACAACGUUCAGCGUGGCUCGUGAAAGGAUUAAGACCCAAUUUUGAGUACAACGCAACCUUGACAUUUGGCAACUUCAGUACCAUUAUAGCGUCGGAUACGUUUCAAUUUCAAACUAAUCUUACCAUCGGUCUUAAGUUGGAUGAUAUUGUGAUUAAGGCAUUGGCCAAUCGAUCCGUCGAGGUGGCGGUCACCAAUUUGACUUGUGCCAGACAAUCCGGCUCAUUUGAUCUUGACUUUGAGAUCGAAGCGACGAACAUUCCCCAUAAAAUCUUCACCGCCGAUGAAUUGGCCAGCCAACUUAGAAUUGUGUUCUUGAUGGAGGGAGAGCUUCUUCCUGGGACCAAAUACAAAGUAUGUACUCUUGCCCAGCAGAACUACAGGACAAAGAAGUUUUGUCAGGCUAUUACAAUUCCUGAUAGUGCUCCAUUUGAACCGCCGAGCAUUGAACCAUACCCAAAAUGGUCACAAAAUAUAGUGGGGUUUGAUAUAAUUGCCCCACCAAACUAUCAUUCGAUGAAGAUCACAUCGUACGGCAUUCAAGUAUUUUCGAAGUGCGCCAUUCUGGAUCAGAAUUGUGGGAAAACCAUGUGCGAAUAUCAACAUUUCAUUGAUUUGAAUCUAGCAUUCACCUCAAGAAAAAUGUAUGUUCCAUUCAACAAUUUGCCAUUGGGACCCAAAUAUCUGAUCCACGUGUGGGCCCAAAAUGAUUUGGGCUUGGGAGAUCGUCCCGGAGCUUUUGAGUUCCAAAAUGAUCUCGCUCUUUAUCGAAGCGAAGCCAACUUUGUCUUGUCUGCAGGCGAUGACUACGUUCGUGUUAGUGUCCACCCGAUGUGUCCUUACUUGGGGCAAGAUCAGUUCCAUAUCUGGAUUCAAACCCAAAAUAAUAGAUAUACUUGGACAAAAGUAAAUGAAACGGAUAUGGAGUACCAUGCAAACUUAACCACAAAUUCAUUGUCCCAUACUUUCAAUGAUCUUGAGAUAGGAAGGAAAUACCGGGUGUGCGUCCGUGCCCAAACGGAUAAGGUCAAGGGUAAACUUUCGUGCAAAGUUGUUGCCUUGCGAUGUACUCAACUCGAUCAACCCACUCAAUCGCUGUCACAAGUGCCAUGGUCGGUUGGAAAAAGCUUCAACCCAUUCACUACGGUUCGUCUACUCAUUCCGGCCAACACCUUCAACGGAACUGGAACCGGGAUCAAGCAAUAUGUGGUCCAUUGUCCCGCCCAGUAUCAUUGGGGUCAAGCGCGUGACGAUGAUGUCCAUUGGAACGAGGAUUCAAUCGUGGAUGUCGAUUUGAACACACCCGGGUGUCAACUGAGCUUGGCCGUCACGGCCAUUGCCUGUCAGAACAAUCAGACUACGACCAGUAUUUCAGUUCAAACUGAAACCAUUCCGGAAUUUGAGCCAAAUGCACAAUUGAGUCAUGACUCGGGUGUGAUCACCAUUGAAUUAGAAGAGGAUGUUCGGGUCAUUCAAUAUCUGUCCAAUUUCACCACUUAUUUGGUUGGGAACCUGAAUAUGCCUUUACCCAAGAUUUUCGAUCCCAGCCAGCCAUACCCAGAUCAAAACGUUUCUCGAAGCCAAUUCUCAUUUCCGGUGGAUCUGAACAUCCAGCUUUACCAAAUCGAGCGGAGGAUCUCGACAUUUGGGAAUGUUCUCACGCACAUUUACAAUAUUUCCUCUCAGAACUUGGAAAACAACUUUGACGACAUACAAGAAAACAUAUUCGACAAAUCAUUAAUCGGAUACGUGGCCCUCGGUUUUCUUGGACUGCUUGUCGGAACAAUCAUUUUGAAAAAGUGUACGUGGUUCUCAGUGUGGUCUUCUCUUCCUCGAUCAUCCAACCUUGAUCGAAGCGUUCAAUUGUUGCAGGAUCCUGCUCGUCCUGUUAGUGUAGAAGAACUAGCUCAAGGAUCAUAUGAUUCCAAGCUCCUUGAAUUCAUAUUUGAUUGCAUUAUUCGACGGAAUGAGGAGGUAACUGCUAGCCUGACUCACAAAGAGGCCGACUUCUGGGAAAGUCAAUCACCAUCAUUGAACCAGUCAAAAGACAAUCUACCAUACGACCACUCUCGUGUCAUUCUCAAGACAUGUGUUCAAUCGUGCACUUACAUCAACGCCAGUUGGAUUCGAAAUAUGACGCAUCAACCUAGAUACAUAGUCGCCCAAGGACCUCUCGACCAUAACAUUGAGCAUUUUUGGCAAAUGGUUCUAGAUCACAAGAUUAAAUUCAUCAUCAUGUUAGCAAAAACCAAGCGGAAUGACCAGACUGGGACAAGUUUUGAUCAAUAUUGUGCCCGCUAUUGGCCCUCCAAAGUGAGAUCGAGCGUCAAUCAUGGAGAGAUCAAAAUUACCCUGGAGAAACGCGAAUCCAUAGAUGACUCUUUGGGGCUGAUCAAGAGAACAUUGUUGGCAUCAUCAUGUGGCAACUCUUUGAAAGUCAUUCAAUAUCAACUCACUUCUUGGCCUGAGCACACCAUCCCUGAAGGCACAAAUACGCUUUUACUUAUGCAGGAGAUUUUGGGGCUUUUCAUGAAAACCAACCCGCACUCGCCAGUGCUAAUUCAUUGUUCAAAUGGUGUUGGGCGAACUGGGAUUCUAAUUGCGGUAAAUGAACUGAUCUUUGAAGUUGAAAGGGGUGUCAAGCAAGUGGAUAUCGCCAAAUACGUGCUUCAAUUGCUCGGGAAUAGGCCCCACUUGAUUGAAGACGCCGGUCAAUACCAGUACAUUUACGAUUGCUUGGCCAGCUUUGUCGCUUCAAGCAGAAGAGAAAACUAUGAGCGAUAUGUAUACAAUGAACAAGACAGUGACGACGACUAUGUAUACUUUACAUAAAGAGAGAGCCUUGUUUUAUAAUCUUCAUAUCAUCCAACAAAAUAAUUCAUGAUUGCCGCCGCAUGUUAGGUGGCAUAAACCAUAACAAAACGAUCAAAUGAAAAUUGAUGCAAAUGCUGUAUUCGAUUGUAUGUAGCUGAAUGAAAAUAUUUUGUUUGCACGCAAAGUGUAAGGUAAGUAUUUCUGGUUUAUUGAUCUUGAUGAGGAGAUGCUUUUUUCAAGUUGCUCAACUGAGCUGCUGAAUGCUUUAAUCAUAAACAAGGUGAUACACAAGCUUACCUUUUGGAGAAGGAUUAGACAUAGCGUACGAUAAAGACUAAAAGUUAUUUUUUUACAAUAUUUGAAUCACAAGCACAGUCUGAUAUACUACCAUUUGAUAUCAAAUUAUGCUUUAGAGACGAAAAAUAUGAUGGGUGAAAUCACUUGUUUCCAAGCCACCUUUCAGUUAGGUAAUCGAUUGAUCGGCUUAACUUUCUCACUGAUACAUGAAAAUUCUAGAGAGAGUUUUAGUUCGAUGGUUGCACAGGCGAUAAAAAAUAUAAGUUUCUACCCCAUACUUUG